AUGCCUGUGUUUAAAAACCUAGUCGAACUCUUCUCUAACUUGUCUCCCCGACACCAACGCCAGACCGAAGAUCAACGAUCUGCUGUUCGGCGUGAACCACCGCCCUCAACCCCUCCUCGUUCUCGACCAGCUGGACCUGGUUGCGACUCUUUUACCUUGGGAUCUCCCACUAGCCUGUCUGAACCCACAUCUCUUCGAAACCCUGAGAUCGCUCCUCUUCCAACGGUUGUUCACAGUUAUGUCGAUACUUUUUUGUCUCCAACCCGAUCUACAACCGCAGACGAACGAUUGCGCACACGUUUCUCUCACCCUUUUCUAAAUCCCAUUACCCGGUUAGACAUGUCCCGUCGAAACCCACAGACAUUCCCUGCCGGCAAGCAAAAGCUGAUACCCCCACCCAUUCCCAGGCCGGGUGAUUCGCCGCAGAUGUUGAACAAGGACCAACAAAAGGAUUCCCAGAAUCGGCAAGAUGAGGCCCGUUUGUUCGGAGCCAGAUACCAGUAUGUUCUACGAGUUCUAUGGGUGUGUGUUGGGUUAUUCAAGAUAUGGAUGCUAACCAGUCGGCUUUCUUUUUUGCUCUAUAGUGACUCUCACGCCGUCAAGAUAAAGCCCGGAGCAUCCCUUCAUUCUAGGAACAAGAAGCCAGGGGUAAAUGCCAGCCUUGACAUCCAUGACUAUGACAUCCCAUCUGAUUCCCAGUCACAGGCUAGCUUUGCGUUCUCCCCACAGGACAAAAUUUUACAGAAUUCGCGAAGCAGCGGACCGGUCCGUUCUUAUGGAGAACCAAACCAACAAACUUCACGGAGAAAGUCGCCUCAGUUUGAGCAUGCGUUUGAAGAGUCGAAUCGGCCUACCAAGAUACGGCGCCAGAGUGACACCAGCGAGACCAUCGACCUUACGGCCCCAGCAAAUUCAGCUAUAGAUCGAUUGGAGCAUCCCACAAAUCGUCGCAACCGACGUGAUGGUUUCCGAGAUGCGGAGAGCAGCGUCAAAGCAGCGCAAAGCUCUAUUCGUCCUCAACAUGACCAAUUCUCUUCUGCUGACGCUCGGGAUGAAAGGUUUACUGAAACCGCCGCUCAACAACGGCGAAAUCAGGGGAGAUCUACGGAUACUAAGCUGCAUCAAGCCAAUGGCAAAUCAUACCAGCCUCCUGACCCCAUUGUCAUUGGGAAUAUUGAGGAUGGAUCAAAGAAAGUUGGUCGGAAUCGCACUACAGUUCCUUCGACAAACUUCCAUCGUCCUGCCAAUGGCAGGGAAAGUCCAGACGAGCUUCAGGGCGACAUCACCACACAUCCAGCACCGAGAUCCUUGUCAAAGAAACAAACCCAAACCACUCGCCCACUCAACCCCGCAAUGCGUACAGAAGCACCAACUCGAAAACGCUCCCCGUCCGAUGUCCGAAAUCCAGACUUUUUGCCACCGUCACAAACCACGAAAAAGGCCAAGGCCACUCAAAAAUCCUCUGAUAAGAAGCAUGAAUUGCAAUCUUUCCGAAUCGGCAGCAUCUGCAAAUCUUGCUAUCUACGGGAAUUCGUUUACAUGUAUUCAAACAAGGAUGGUCUUGAACUUCGGGAGGAUGCAGUGGGCCAGGGCAAAACACUAUCAAUACCUUUUCAAAAAAUCCAGCAUGUUGUCAUCGGCGAGAAUCCCAGCCGGAAAGUAAGAAUCAAGAUGCGAGAGGUUUAUCUUAACGAAGACGACCAGCUCGAUAUUGACUUUUGGACCACCGAGGAAAACGAAAGGUUCUUGGCAGUGUUAAGGAAAGCCGAUGUUCAGAGUCAGAGCAGAGAGAUGAAAUGGAUGAACAAGGCGUUUUUGAGAUAUGAGAAGCUAUUUCCACGUCAACAAGAGAACAGGCGGCCCAACAAGCGGCUUCUUGACACCCUGGUGGAAGAUGCCGAUCCUGCACGCUCUCCCCCUCCCUCACGACGGCAAAAACUUUCAAAAUCCUUGAGAGAUGACCACGGUGAAGUCAACAAUGUUGAUUCGUUCGAGAUCAAAUACGCUCAGGAAAAAGGAAAACAUCGAAAUAGCAAUGUCGAUUCUCGAACGUCUGCCAGAGAGCAACAGCAUCUUCGACCUCUUACUGAUACCGAUGUUAGUGUUGGUGUUCGACAUACCGCCAAUCCACCGGAACGCGAGACCCGGUCUUCUACCCGCCGUGUCGAUAACAAUUCAGAAGUGUCGAAAGAGGACAAUACUUCAGAAGCAAACUCCAACUCACUUCACAGAGAUGAUUCUUUUAGGCACAAAUGGGAGAAACCGUUGGUUUAUCCACGAAAUGGAAAGAAGAAGGCUGAGGUCACACUUGGCGACCGUGAACGUUUAUUCCGGGACGACUUUCUGAAUGACAACUUGAUCGCUCUUUACAUGCGUUUCCUCCAGGAACAUCUUGAACGCACGAACAAAGAGGCUGCCAAGCGAAUCUACUUCUUCAACACCUACUUCUUUGCGACCCUCACUAACAUCCCACGGGGGAACCGUGGGAUCAACUACGGUGGUGUGGAGAAGUGGACUCGGAACGUCGAUCUCUUCAGUUACGAUUAUAUCGUCGUUCCUAUCAACGAGAAUGCCCACUGGUACGUUGCAAUCAUUUGCAACUUACCAAGUUUGUCUCUUGGGUCUGCCGAUGGCGUAGAGCCGGUUCAAACGCCGACUCUACAGAAAGAAUCAUCCAGUACGUCUGAGAGUGAGAUCCAGCAAAUUGAAGAGACGCCUGAGCCAGAACCAAAGUCAAAGUCAGAGUCAGAGUCCAACGGUUCUACCAAGGCCAGUCCGCCUCGUGAGAUCCGAAAUGGAUCUGAGGGCUGCGAGGACUUUAUUUCUCUGGGGAUUGAGAAUAAGCAUGCAGCCCGGGAUACGAAGAACCCAGAGGAUCAGUCUGCAUCCAACGAAAUCCCACUUCCUCCCCCAAAUCUUCCCAAACUUGCUGCCCAAAAACUCGCCCAAGACCAAGCUGCGGCAUCACAACCGACCAACAAAUUCAAGAAGAAAAGAACCGGGUUAAAGCUGGAUCCCAACCAAACAACCAUCAUCACAUUUGACUCCCUCGACAUUCCUCGCUCCCCUACCAUCAAAAUACUACGCGAGUACAUCUGCCGCGAAGCGGUGUCUAAACGCGGCGUGGAACUCAACCCUAACGACGUCAAGGGCAUGCGAGCUCGCGAUAUCCCCCUUCAGCCCAAUUUCUGGGACUGUGGUCUUUACCUACUGGCAUACUUGGAGAAGUUUGUCCAAAGCCCUGAUUGGUUCAUCACAAAGGUGCUACAACGGAGUAUGGAUUCUAACGAUGACUGGCCUCCACUAGGCUCUGGUCUCCUGCGAUACCGUCUUGGCAAGUUCCUAGACGAACUGUACGAAGAACAGGUACAAGCAAAUGAACCUGUAAUGGCAUCCAGACAACCCAUUUCAUUCCUGCUCGGCCCACCCCUCCCGUGUCAGCAGGAAAUUGCGGGUGCUGAUGUGGUAUCUGAGUCUGAGCAGGAUACAGACCCUCCAAAGGACCCUGCAGAGACCGGUAAUUCGAAGACCAAAGACUCGAGUGAAGAGUCAACCGCGGACCAGAUACAUCCCUUACCUACCGAAAACACCCCAGAACCAAUCAAAGCAUCCUCCAACCCACCUGCAGACACAAAGUCGCAAAAUUUUCAUGUUGCUCUACCAAAGGAAGAAUUCAGCAUCCAGGUGCCCGGUAGCCAGGAAGAGCCCGCAAUGCCAGGCACACCACCCCCUACAAGAAAAGAACGAAAGAGACACAGUCCACGAGGGCUUUCGCGAAAGAGAUGA